CCCCAUGUUUAAAUUUCUGAAAUAACCAACAUUCACUCUACAAAUGCAGAGGGGAUGACACGAUAAUAGAUGGCAGUAAUAUUCAAAAUGAAGUUUUUCCUGGUAUGGAUCUGUCUUAUUUCAGAAGCGUUUCCAUUUGCAACACAUUCUCCUGAAGUCAACGAUACAGAGGGUUGCUGUGGGCAAAACACAAAGCUUAUUUACAAAGGUCAUGAUUCCAACAGUGGUAUAAAUAUCUAUGUAUUUGAAUACACGCCACAAAGCAAAGAAGCAAAGGAUGGAAGAGUUGAAGAUACAACAAUGAAGAAUGAUUUGCAAAGUAGCAGAAAUGCUCUUAAAGAUACUGAAAAUGGAGAAAACCAUGAAGAUACAAUUAUUCAGACCACCAAACCUACAAGCAUAUAUGGCAGAAAUAAGGAUCCUGACACAGGGACUGGUAAUAAGCCUGAUUGGAAGUUUGAUACUAUUAUUAGUACAGAAGGUGAAACUCAAAAUGACAUUGAAAUGUAUGAAAACACGGAUCUACUCUCAAAUGCCACUGAGGGACUUCAAUCAGAAAUGUCACACACUAGAGAUGUGCAGAAAACCAGCGGACAUAGUAAUAGAGACGACUACUAUGGUACUGAAGGUAGUGCAGUUCUAGACAUUCCAGCCUACUAUGACACUAAUACUGGUACCCAAGGGCCACAAGUGUAUUCAACACCAAAUAUUGAUUUAAAAAACAAUCUAGGAUGCUCUGAGUCUGAGGGACAAUGCAAGAAUCCCACCAAAUCAACAGAACGUGUUUUUGUGACACAGCCAACAAUACAUAAGGACUAUUCCAAAAGGAGAACCAGGCCUGAUUACUAUGGAAACAGGGACAGAAAAACCAUGAACCGUACAGUCAAACCAGCAAAAACAAGGGUUCAUAAAAGUGAUAAACAAACUAACGGGAAAAAAAGUGAUAAACAAACUAACGGGAAAAAAAGUGAUAAACAAACUAACGGAAAAGUCAUUCCAAUAAGCCACAUUAUUAGAAAAAUAUUUCAAAACAGGUAUGGACAAAGAAGAAAGACUGGUGGCUACAGACACAUUUCAUCAGAAAGCAGAAGUGACAGUAGCCAGGAAUUUGAUUAAAUCUUGGGAUAAUUGAAAAUAUAGAGUGCUAGAAGGCCUUACUUCAUAUGGUGGGCACUAGCCAUUAAUUAUACUUUUCUUUAAAAUAAAAAUAUUUAAGUGGGUUUUCAACUAAAACCUGUAUGACAUAUGAAUCAGACGAGUCAUUUUAGUGGGGGUACAACAGCAGGGACUAUUGACCUGAUUUCCAUCUAGCGGUGGCCACUGUCUAAUAGCAAAACACUAUCCAUAAUUCCUAUUAACACCACUGGGAAGGUAAAGAACAUUGGUGGGGAACAACUUCCCCACUCCCCAUGGUUGUCUCAUUCUUCAAAGUGGCAGGGUCCCAACUUUCAAACAUAUCAUAAAAAAUGUCUCCAUAGAGAAACCUUAUGAAUACUUAGAAAGCAAAUCUAGAAAGCAAAUCUGCAGCCAAAUAGCUCCCCAAUGGUUCCAACAUGUCUGAUCCUGUGUCCUCCUAAAGAUUAGGCAUUUGCUGAUUCUAGGGUGGUUUAUUCCUUUUUACCUAUUAAAAUAAAUGUCCAUGCUUAGUCGUUCUAAGUAUGCAUGUUUAUGUGGGAUUUGGGGGAAAUAACUGUUCUGCAGAUGUUAUGUAUAUAGACAUCAUUACUCUCCUUAUUGUGUAUGUGCUAUACGUAAUAGCAGGGGUGUACACAGAUCUCAUAGGGCCCCAUAGCAAAACUUACUGUGGGGACAAUGCACUACCCAGUUUCUAAGUAUGUCUGCGUCAGUCACUCCCAGGCAGGGAAGAAUGCAAAGUACAACGCCCCAGAUUUCUGAUCAAUUUACCAUUUUUUCUAAUCAAUACAAAUUGUAAUAAAGAUGCCUUUGAACUCACUAUUCUGACUUUUACUGGAACAGGUUCUUCAAAAUUAUUGUGCUCAUUCUGAGCACUAUAUUUCUCGAUGUAGUUACAGCAGAAAAUUGGCAAAGAUGCAUUGAUAAAUCUCUUGCUUCCCUUCUAUUACAAAGCUGUUUUGCCUGCAUCCACCACUAGGUGGCACUCUGUGCAUUGAAAUUCAUGCAAUUUCCAUGGAAGGUAUAUUCAUCUGUUGUCUCCUCCUAGUGGUGGCUGCUUGAUAAUGCAGUGUUUUCACACAGGGAAGAGAAGCUGAACAGCCCAGUUGAAUGGUCUUCUUACAUUGAGGGUAUGCUACUGUGUAAUAGGCUUUUUUAGCUUUGGCUCAAAGCUUUUAUCACAUAAUUGCAUAAAAUCUGGCUUAUACAUUGAGUGAAAGCUCCCACAAUUACUUUUUGCACUUGCUCCCCAACCCCGUUCUUCAUGCCCCCUACACAUCUGAGCUUGUCACGUCUCCCCUACAUGAGACGUCAAUGUGUUUUGAGUACUGGCCAAGACUCACUAAGUGAUUAGACAACAAGCAUUCCACUACUAAGAUAAAUCUGUUAAUGCAAUAGCAGCUACUUAUGAUUGUAAUAAAGUAGAAUAUGACAUUUACA